AUGGGCGGCGAGGUGCCGGAGCCGGGCCGGCUGAGCCGCGCGCUCAGCUUCGGCUGCGGCGCCGUCCCCGAGGAGGCGCUGCACCUCGUGUUCGGCUACGUGGACGACCCGCGCGACCGGGAGGCGGCCUCGCUCGUGUGCCGCCGCUGGCACCGCAUCGACGCGCUCUCGCGCAAGCACGUCACCGUCGGCUUCUGCUACGCCGUGGAGCCCGCGCGGCUGCUCGCCCGGUUCCCGCGGCUCGAGUCGCUCGCGCUCAAGGGGAGGCCCCGCGCCGCCAUGUACGGGCUCAUCCCCGAGGACUUCGGCGCCUACGCGGCGCCCUGGGUCGCCCAGCUCGCCGCGCCGCUCGACUGCCUCAAGGCGCUCCACCUGCGCCGCAUGACCGUCACCGACGAGGACAUUGCCGUGCUCGUCCGCGCGCGCGGCCACAUGCUACAGGUGCUCAAGCUCGACAAGUGCUCCGGCUUCUCAACGGACGCCCUCCGCCUCGUCGCCCGCUCCUGCAGAUCUCUGAGAACUUUGUUCCUGGAAGAAUGCACAAUUGCUGAUGAAGGGAGUGAAUGGCUCCAUGAACUCGCUGUCAACAAUUCUGUUCUGGUGACACUGAACUUCUACAUGACAGAACUCAAAGUGGAGCCUACUGAUCUGGAGCUUCUUGCAAAGAACUGUAAAUCAUUGAUUUCUUUGAAGAUGAGUGAGUGUGAUCUUUCAGAUCUGAUUGGUUUUCUCCAAACCUCCAAAGGAUUGCAAGAAUUCGCUGGAGGUGCUUUUUUUGAAGUUGGAGAGUACACCAAGUACGAAAAGGUCAAGUUCCCACCUAGGCUAUGUUUCUUGGGGGGUCUUACCUUCAUGGGUAAAAAUGAGAUGCCCGUUAUCUUUCCAUAUUCUGCAAUGCUUAAGAAACUGGACUUGCAGUACACUUUCCUCACCACUGAAGAUCACUGUCAGCUUAUUGCUAAAUGCCCCAACCUACUGGUUCUCGAGGUGAGGAAUGUGAUUGGGGAUAGAGGACUAGAAGUUGUUGCUGAUACAUGCAAGAAGCUACGAAGGCUCAGAAUUGAGCGGGGGGAUGAUGAACCCGGUCAAGAAGAGCAGGGAGGAGUAUCUCAGAUAGGCUUGACAGCCGUAGCUGUUGGCUGCCGUGAACUGGAGUACAUAGCUGCCUAUGUAUCUGAUAUCACAAAUGGGGCACUGGAAUCCGUUGGCACUUUCUGCAAGAAUCUCUAUGACUUCCGGCUUGUUCUACUUGACAAACAGAAUAAAAUAGCAGAUCUGCCACUUGAUAACGGCGUCCGUGCUCUAUUGAGGAAUUGCACCAAACUUCGGAGGUUUGCCUUCUACCUGAGACCGGGAGGGCUUUCAGAUGUAGGCCUUGGUUACAUUGGACUGUACAGUGGAAACAUCCAAUACAUGCUGCUCGGCAACGUUGGCGAAUCUGACAAUGGAUUGAUCCAAUUUGCAAUGGGAUGCACCAACCUGCGGAAGCUCGAGCUGAGGAGCUGCUGCUUCAGCGAGCGAGCUCUGGCAGUUGCCGUGCUCCAGAUGCCGUCGCUGAGGUACAUAUGGGUGCAGGGGUACAGAGCCUCUCAAACGGGCCAGGACCUCAUGCUCAUGGCCAGGCCGUACUGGAACAUUGAAUUUGCGCCUCCCUGUCCCGAGAGCGCUUAUCGGGUGAUGGCCGAUGCCCAGGUUCUUGCGUAUUACUCCCUUGCUGGAAGGAGGCCGGACUGUCCUCAGUGGCUGAAGCGUGCCCUUGCCCCUUGCACAAAACCAUCAGAUAUUUGCAUAUAUGGAGGAGUAUUGGAGAAUGAGGAGGCAGCGGCCUGCACCUAUGAUCUCGCUGCAAAAUAUGGGGGCACGGAUGGCACCCUCAACUCACCGAUGAAAGACAAUCUGAUGUUUUUAUUCCACUCAUGUGCUUGGGACUUGGGAGAGAUGGCUAUUCAGAAUGAUGAAGACCGUGUAAGAAAAUUAUCCAAUGCCAUUGGAAAGCUUGGACAGCUAAAUAAAUUUUUUUUUGAUGCUAUAACAGGCCUGAGUGGUAGUGUCCUGGCCUACAUUUUCUUAGCAAUAGAGGCCAUGGCUGAUGGUGGAGUUGCUGCUGGGCUUCCUCGAGACCUCCUUGCGGUUCUUAGUGCUGCAACCAUGGUGAGACAGACAGGAAACAUCCAAGGCAACUGA